AUGCACAUCAUUCCACCCGGUCUCUACCGGGUCGAUGUGCUCAUUCUGAUCUCAUAUCAAAUGUGUCACUUCUUCUCCAUUCAACAGUUAUUCCCGAUCUUCCUCAACUACACACCAAAAACUGCUUGCGUUGAGACAGCACAAGGAAAAGUAUGCUACGAUGUGCCGAAAAGCAAGUGUCUUCAGUACGAUAACUUCCCAAAUGUAUGCGCCAAUCUCACUGGAACUGCCCUUUCCGAAUGCCACACUACAAAAUCUCACAGCUAUUACUCCUCAGCUGCCAUGGAAUUCGAAAUCUACUGCCGUCCAGGAUGGAAAGAUUUCCGUCCGGCAUUCGUUCAAUACGUUGGAGUUCUCAUCGGAAAUAUCAUUUUGGGAUAUGUAGCUGAUCAAAUGGGAAGAAAGAAGACGUUCAUUCUGUCAAUGCUCAUCGGAAUCCCAUCUCUUUCCCUCUCUGCUACAUUCAAUUCCAUCGCUGCAUUCUAUUUCUUCCGUGCUCUCACUGGAAUCGGAAUCGCUGGAACUAUGAUUGUCGGAUGGGCGUACUUCUCGGAAUUAGUGUCACCUCAUCAGAGAUUCAAGUUGAGAACUUUCAGUAACUGGGCGAAUGCUCGUAUUAUGCUCACUUUGGUUGCUCUUCUCACUGGUGAAUGGCGUCUUUCGUCUCAUGUCUCUGCCUGUAUCUCACUCAUUACUCUUGCCAUUGUCUAUUUCAUUCUUCCGGAAUCUCACAUUUGGCUUCGCAAGAAGGGACGAUAUGAGGAAGCUGAAGAAAGUCGGAAAAGAAUCGCUGCUCUCGCUGGAAUUGAGUUUGUUCCAAUGCCACCACCAGAGAAAGUUGAGAACGCUGAACCAGAGAAGGCAGUCAACAUUCUCACUGUCUUCGGCGAUCCACAACUCCGCAAGAACAUUCUUAUCCUUUGGCUUAUGUGGUUCGUGACGGGAAUGACCGCCUAUUUGACUGAUUUGUGCGGAGGAGACAUGACAGCGAACUUCUGGAUUGGACAGUUCCUUUCGGGAAUCUUGCUCUCGGUUGUCAGAAUUAUCAUGGGUUUCGCCGAUGGAUACCUUCCAUGGAUGGGCCGCCGUUUCGUUCUCCUCUCGUGUCAAUCUCUCGCAAUCUUCUUCUUCGGAUGCGUCAUUGCCUUCUUGUAUGCCGGAGAUAAGGGUCAAUGGUACUACACUGCAGUCUACUUGGCUUCAUUCGUCUUCACUUCAAUCUGUUGGGAACCAUGUUAUUUGUGUGCUUCUGAAUUGAUGCCGACCGAUGUUCGUGCCACGUCGACAGCUUCCUGUUCGAUCGUCGGACGGUUCGCCAAUAUUGGAGCUUCCAUGCUUAGUGGUCUCAAAACGAUCUACGAGCCAGGAGUCCAUAUGAUCUCAAUCAGUUUGGGUCUCACUAACGUCAUCGCCGCCUACUUCUUCCUCCAAGAAACCAAGAAUUGUAGUCUUGACAAGGCUGGAACUGCCGCAUCGAAACCAGUGGAGAAAGCAAACGAGCAAGAAAUGAAGGAUCUCAUCGACAGAACCGUCGCCGAAGAUGUCGAAAAGAAGUAG